AAUUUUUAUGAACCGUGGAGUUUCAUCAACCGGGCACGGAUGAACAAUCUAUGCGAUUACAAUUAAUCUGAUGGUAGUUUUGUGUAGAUAAGUCAUUUUCAUUGUUUGACUAAUGGUAAUGUUUUGUUCUGCUUGUGACAGGCAAUUACAGCCACUGACGCCUUACAUGUUGUGUUGGGAUUAAUGCCUGGCGACGUCGUUUGCAUUCAGCCUACAAUUCAGACAUAUUCAGGGAUAUAUUAGCAUUCGUGCUAAAUAGAACAACGUUAUUGGAAACCAAACAUUACCCUGCGUCACUCAACAUGUCUUCUCCAAGUGCAGGCAAACGCCGUAUGGACACAGAUGUCAUCAAAUUAAUAGAAAGUAAACACGAAGUCACUAUUCUUGGUGGUUUGAAUGAAUUUUGUGUAAAAUUUUUUGGUCCACGAGGCACGCCAUACGAAGGAGGUGUAUGGAAAGUACGUGUUCAUUUACCGGAACAUUACCCGUUUAAAUCACCAAGCAUCGGAUUUAUCAACAAAAUCUACCACCCAAAUAUUGACGAAGUAUCAGGAACAGUUUGUCUGGACGUUAUCAAUCAAGCUUGGACAGCAUUAUAUGAUUUGUCCAAUAUUUUUGAGUCGUUCUUACCCCAACUACUUACGUAUCCUAAUCCAGUAGACCCUCUGAACGGUGAUGCAGCUGCAAUGUACCUGCAUAAACCUGAAGAAUAUCGCAAGAAAGUAGCUGAUUAUGUCAGAAGAUACGCUACUGAAGAAGCUCUGCGGGAACAAGAUCCAACAGAAAGUUCUGAUAGUGAAAGCAGCAUGUCUGACUUCAGCGAAGACGAGGCACAGGAUAUGGAGUUAUAACGUCGGCUAUCAUUACACAGAGCUAGUAGAAGUGUUAGUAAUGUAAUUUUCCCUAAAAAUCAACUAUUAUUCAUGUUUUUGGAAUCUGUCACUUGUUAGCUAUGUGAGGUACAUUACAUAUUAGCAAGGUUAUUAUUUUCUCGAUCAUAAUAAUUUUUCUGUGAAGAUUAGAAAUAAAAUUUCAAAACUA